UGAAUGGAUAUGUUGUCAGUGUAUGUGAAAAAUGUUUCAGAAAAGAGAAGGAAAAAAAUAUCUACGAGCAAUGAAUGCAAACAGAGCAUCAGUUGUGUUUUAAAGUUGAUACAGUUUACUUGAACAAAUUUAAAUUUAUUAGAUAAUUUAUUGAAGAUUAUUUCUUGAUAAAGACUAUCAUUAUAAGACAAGUGAUUCGGAUUUUUGUUACAAAUUUACAAUUUAUUAAAGAAAGAUGACAGCAAUAAACAGUGAAAUUUUUGAAGCGUUUCAACGAGAUGGAUUUGCUGUUAUCGAAGAUUUCUAUUCUCCACCUGAGGUUUAUCAUAUGCUAAAAGAAGCUAAAAAGAUCAUAAGUCAUGCACCGAAGGAAGAUCGAGUGGUUUUCAGCGUAACUGAUCCGCAAUUAACUCGAAAACGUGACCAGUUCCAGAUUGAUUCAGCCGAAAUAUUGAGUUAUUUUUUUAGAGCUGAUGCAUUCAACGAGAAGAACGAACUUAUAGUACCGGAAGAGUUUGCCUUGAAUCGUGUUGGUCAUGCUUUAAGUGUUGUGAACGAUGCCUUCAAACGAUACACUUUCGACAAUAGAGUGAGAGAAGUGCUAUGGCAAUUGGGAUAUCAACGGCCAGCAGUUGCUCAGAGCAUGAUAAUAUUUAAGAAUCCUGGUGUGGGUGGUGAAAUAUUGCCACAUCAAGACGGAACAUUUUUACAAACUGAACCACAAUCGGCUGUAGGAUUAUGGAUUGCACUUGAGGAUGCAACAAUUGAAAAUGGAUGCUUGCACUUUAUCAGCGGGUCUCAUAAAACUGGCAUUCAUAGAAGAUUCAUCAGAAAUCCCGACGAGACAUCAAAUGAACUUUUAAUUUUCGACAGAUCUUUGCCAACUUACCAGAAGUCAAGCAUGAUCCCAUGUCCUGUCAAGAAAGGAUCGCUUGUGCUGAUACAUAAUCAAGUUCUUCAUGGAAGCAAGCAGAAUACGACAGACAAAUCUCGAACUGCUUUCACUUUCCAUGUUGUUGAAACAAAGGACACCAAAUGGUCACCAGAAAACUGGCUUCAGGUGAAGAAUCCGUUUCCAAUAUUAUACGAGAAAGACGCCUCUUAAACAAAAUGCGUCUUUGGCAGAUUUCACUUGAGAAACAAGAGAUUUAAAAAAUUUGCGAUUUGAUUAAAAUGGGAAAAUAAAUUUCGUUGACUCAACUUCACAUUUUUUAAUUGUUUAUCAUCGUUAUAAAAAAUGCAACGCCAGAAAUUUUUUUCAGUUUCUUCUAUAAAUAUUACAA